CCGUCUUUAUCUUGCUAUCGUUGAGGUCGUAGAUAGCCUGUGGCGAAGAAUGUUUAUAUGUUGUUGAGGGGGCAGCGUUGCGGGAUCAAUAUUGUUCGGUGGUUGAACGCCGUUGUUUAUGAAAAAACAGAGUGCAAUGUACCGUGGUUGAGGAACGAAUAGAUUCAGGGAGGUUUCACAAUUGUUUAGAUUUUUUUUUUUCGGGUGGAGAUAUUCUGGUACUUGGACUUGAGGAAGUUGGUGAGUGUCAGUGAACAGUUUUGUGAUGAUUCAUUUUUUUUUGUGACGAAAUUGUGGAUUUUUCGGGGCUGAUGACAUGUUAGUGUUGGUUUGAAAAUUGUUCAGGAAUGGUGGGUGUUAUUGUUAAAAAUCAUGGUGAUUGGUUGGGAAAAUGAUGACGAUGAAAUCAAGCAUGGCCGUCGAACGAGCUGGGCCACUAUGAAGAUGGCUUUUCGGCGUCAUUUCAGGCGAAGAAUGUGGAAUUGUUCAUUGGAUUGUGGUUGAAUGAAUUUCGGACGUCUGGGAAGCAUUAUCCUGAGUUUGAGCAGCUCCAGGGGAGUUGGGCAUUUCGAAAACUGACGAUGCGAAUGUCCUCUCGUUCGAAAAGCUUAGCCCUAUUUUUGUUGAUGGGUUUAAUAAUGAUGUUGAUUAAGAGAUAGGGGUGAAAUUCGGAGAAAUCGUCGCCCAACUCAGGUCAAUAAAGAGGCUCGUUUGAAGGACGAGAAAGGUCUCUACUUCGUCGACCACGCAUGGCCGAUUCGGGGAAGGACCUCGGUAAUGUUACGGUGCAAAGACCUCCUGAACGAUACUUCAAUGAUAUUGCGAGUGAAAUGUGUGCGAAUAGUAUGAUCAAAUAUUUAUCGUAACUCGAAAUAAAAUUCAGUGGUUGUUGAUCGAUUGGAAGUAAAAAAGUGUAAUAUUUCACAAGUCGUCGCAAUCACUGGUCAUAUCUGACUUGUGCUCCGACCAAUCAUGUGGAUACCUGAAGAAAUUUGUUGUUUUGUCGGCAUCAAAAAGAAAUGGCGAAUACAGAGAUUGGAGACUCCAACUAUGGUGAAUAUCAGAGGGACAAUGAAAGCGAUAGUGGAGGCAGCGGAGACGACGAGGGCGGAGGAGAUGCUCUUCAUCCCAUGGCCAGGCUCCAGCAAUAUGCCUCAUGCGAAAUGGUCCACAAUAGACAAUUGGUAGGCCGAAUUUUGGUGGAUAUUUUUCGAAAUGCCGUCGAUCAUUGCACGUGGCUCAACGUCUCCGAGGUGAUGCAGCCCGUUCACAAGUUGGUUAACGACACAGAUGCUAUCGUAAGACUGGAACUUAUCGAACAGCUGCCGCAUGUGGCGAUGAUAUGCCAGGAGGCGCCUGAAAGAUUUGGCAAUGUUUUAUCGAAUCAUUUGAUUCAUUUAAUUGCAACCUUCCUUCAUGAUGAGGAUCAACAGGUACGAAAUUCCACCCACACAGCCCUCCUCACGCUCAUCGAACGUGGUCUCCUGGACAAGGACUCCAUUGUAUUCGUCUUGGCGCCUACCCUCCUAAUGAUGGGGCAGCAACCAGCUAAACUUGAAUACGUCACACUUGCCAUUGAUGGUAUGAGCAAGGUUGCUCCACUACUUGAUCCCGCGACAGCCGAGAGACUGUUUCUGAAAAGAUACCUGUCGCUAUGUUGCGAUGAAAAUUUCUUCUUCAGAAAACUCUGUGCUAUACACUUUGGCGAGUUUUCGGUUUCUAUGGCCAAGGAGACGAUUUAUGAAAAAUUGCUCCCAAUAUACGUGUCCCUCUGCAAAGACCCAAUUUGGACAGUCCGAAAAUCCUGUGCCGAAGUGAUGGUAUCAAUAGCUUGCUGCGUAUCACUUGAGCAUCGUCGUAGCACCCUAUCACCAAUACUUGCCAACUUUCUUGACGAUGAGUCGAAGUGGGUCAGAUUAUCAGCAUACCAAAUACUGGGACCUUUCAUCUCAACAUUUGCAAAACAAUUCACUGGUUUUGCGUACAAUCAGUAUGGUGAACUUGUAUUAACGGAUCAACAUGGUACCGAGCUCAGGUAUAACAUGAUAUCAUUUUCCGGAUCGGCAGAGUCAUCAGCAGCCUGUAAAUCCUCCGCCGACGAGGAAUACGACAACAAUUCCGAAAUGCUCAAUUCUCCACUCUCAGUAUCGAAUCAAAGGAAUAUAACAGCUCGCAAAGCACCCACGAAGCAGAAGUACGAUGAGUCAAGAGAAAAAUUCGGCGAAAUGAUUAAAGAAUUCAAUGCAAUUGUGAAAGUAGACGAACAAACAAUAGAUGGCGGUUUAUCAACUGACGAUCCAAAUCAGUUCAGUCCAUUUCUCUACUACUACAUCCCCCCUGGUUUGCCCCUUGACGAUGAAUUAGUUAAAGCAGCGAGUGAAGGGGCCAAAUCCACAGAAACAAACUCAGAAUCUUCUAAAAUCGAGGACCAAAAUGAUACAUCGAAUGACGGUAACAUACCAGUAAUAGAAGUAACAAUUCCCGAGGAUGGUAAAAAAAAUCAGGUGAAUCAAUCACAGAAACCAGAAUUAGAAGAUAAACAGAAUGAGUGUCCAGAGGCAGUAGUAGUAGUAGUAGUAAAUGACAAUAGUAGUGAGGUGGACAAUAUGUCUCAAAAAUCUAGUGAAAGUGAUAGCAAUGAAAUUGCCGUGAAUAAUCAGGCAUCACCAGAGUCAAGGGACUUGAAUGAGACGAUUGAUGUGUCAGUUAAUACAUCAUCAGAAGUAAGUUUUUGUGAAAAACAGCAGCAUCCAAUUAACAAAAGUGUCAGUAAUGUUGGAAGUCAAACAAUCGUACCACAGGUGUUAAUUGACUUUUUUGUAUCAAUGGCGAAUCCAGAGGCCUGGUGGAAUUUGAGUAGUGCUGAAAUUCCGCGUUUCUGUGCAUUUUACUUUCCUGCUGUUGUUUUGACACUUGGUAGAGAGAACUGGGGAAUGCUGAAGGCUGCCUAUGGUUAUUUGUCAGAUGCGAGGGAGUACAAAGUGAGAAGAACUAUGGCAUCGAGUAUUCAUGAGGUUGCUAUGAUACUCGGUGAAGAGAUGUCUGCACAGGAUCUUAUGCCGAUUUAUGAUGGCUUCAUAAAGGAUCUUGAUGAAGUACGGAUAGGCGCCCUCAAGCAUCUUGCGACGUUUCUCAAGGUUCUCAAACCAGCUGACAGGUGUCAAUUUUUACCGAGACUAAAGGGUUUUCUCACGCGGGACAACGAGUGGAAUGAGUGGAAUUGGAGAUUUAGGGAGGAAGUCGCUAGACGAUUGCUCGAGACUAUUCCACUUUACAGUACUCAGGAUGUUUCUACCUACAUUGCUCCAUUAUCAUUCCCACUGCUUAUUGACAAAGUUGCUGCUGUUCGACAUAUGGCUCUCGCAUUGGUGACACAGAUUAUCUCGUAUCUGUCUACUGAUGACGAGCUCGUCACAGCGAUUAUUCAGGAACUCAGAAUGAUGUUGACUGCCAAUUCGAGUAGGUGGACUUAUCGACAGACUUAUGCACUACUCUGUUCGUCACUCUUAUCCAGUGAAGCUAUUUCUGGAGAGAGAUUCUCCAUGGAAUUGCUGCCCUGUCUUUUGAGCCUUUCCUCAGACGUUGUUCCUAAUGUCAGACUGUCUGUUGUGAGAACACUCACGACGCAGGUGUUCAAGAUAAUAAAUACUUUGGGGCCAGAACAAGCUGAGAAGAUCAAUGAGAAGGUGCGAGUACUACGCCAAGAUCCAGACAGAGACGUGAGAAUGCUAGCCGGUGGUGUUGCUGGCAAAUACCUAGGAAAAUCGUCCGAGGAGGAAACUUAUGUAAUGCCUCUUGGAUUUAGUAGUAGUAUCAAAGUAGGGACGGCCAGUAUAAAUGAAGAAGAAUUAUUGUAUCACAGUGAUCAAUGAAAUAAUUCCAAAAAAAGAAGAGAAAACCACCAAUGUCAAUACAGUAAUAAUGCCCAGUGAAUUUUCAAUUAUGAAAACUGCAUUAUUUUCUUUGAAAAUAUAAAAUUGUCAUUCUCCCGAUAAGACACAAAAUGAGUGAGUGAAUAAAAAUUGUGAUGAGGGAACAGAUGAUCUGUUCUUUCCAAGAAUAAUUUAUCCCCAUUGAGGAAACAAAAAAGUGAAUAAUGGACGGACAACGCCUAUACCCACAAAUUGAUUUAACAAAACGAUAAUUUGUAUAUUUUAAGAUUUUCAAAAUAAAAAUAAAUAAGAUGAAGAGCCGGCACUCGUUGAUAUUGUGAAAGUGACGACGAUAGUGGUGAGAUUGUGUGCUUAACAAUAUUAUGUACAAUACGAUCUGUAUUUGAUAUUCGAAAUGAGAAGACGAUAAUAAAUUAAAGAAAAGAAAAACA